AUUUUUUUAAUAAACAAAUUUUUUUCAGUUUUUUUUUUUUUUGCUUUAAUAUUUAGUAAAAAAAAAUAUUAUUAUUAUUAAUAAAAAAACAAGAAUUUUUUUUUAAAAAUUAAAAAAUAAUUUUUUAAAUAAAAAUUUUAAUUAAAAUCUCUAUUGAAAAAAAAAAAAAAUUAAAAAUGAUUAAUAAUCAAGAGAGAAAUAUUAUUAAUACAAAAGAACCUCAUCAUCAUUAUCAUAAUCAGAAUCAUCAUCAUAAUCAUUCUCAUCAUCAUCAACAACAACAACAACAACAACAUCAUCAAUCGAUAUCAUCGAAACCAUCACUAGUGUCUGCAGCGAGUUCGAGUAUCGAUUCUGAUGUCAGCGAUCGACGUGACGUCAGAGAAGCUCUCUAUACAGGAAUAUUUAGGCGUCAUCGUAAAACAAUAUUGGUAUUAGGGAGUUUUCUUAAAAUGUUAAAAAUGAAUAGAAAUGUUAAUAAUUACGCUAGUAUCAAAGCCAAUGAGGAACCUGACGAGUAAAUAAUCUCAAAUUUCUUUUUCCCUUUUUAUAUUUAUAUAUAUAUUUAAUAAUAAUAAUUUUUUCUUUUUUUAUUAUAAUCUCCUAAAUUUUAUAUAAUAUGUAUAUAUAUAUAUUUAGAUUUAUUCCAUUUUUUUUCUCUUCAUAUUCUAAUUCUAAUUUUAUAUUUUUUUUGUACAUGAUGCAAAGUCGAUUAAUCGAUAGUAAAAAAUAAAAAAUCGAUAUAUUUUUCAAAAAAAAUUCGAUUUAUCGAUAUAUCGAAUGUAAAUAUCGAUAUAUCGAUCGUAAAUACCGAUAUAUCGAUUGAAAAUAUCGAUAUAUCGAUUACAUAUAUCUAUAUAUCAAUUGUGAAUAUGGAUUACAAAUAUCGAUUAUAAAUAUCGAUACAUCAAUUGAAAGUAUCGAUUGUAAAUAUCGAUUAUAUAUAUAUAUAUCGAUAUAUCUGUUAUAAAUAUCGAUUACAAUGAUCGAUAUAUCUGUUAUAAAUAUCGAUUAAAAUUAUCGAUAUAUCUGUUGUAAAUAUCGAUGUAUCGAUUUCAAAUAUCGAUUGUAAGUAUCGAUGUAUCGAUUUUAAAUAUCGAAACUACGACUGUAAAUAUCGAUACAUCGAUUGAAAGUAUCGAUUAUAAAUAUCGAUAUAGCUAUUGUAAAUAUCGAUGUAUCAACUUCAAAUAUCGAUUGUAAAUAUAUAUAAGUCGAUUAAAAGUAUCGAUUGUAAAUAUCGAUGUAUUGUUUUCAAAUAUCGAUUGUAAACAUCGAUACUUCGAUUGUGAUUAUAGAUAUAUCGAUUGUGAUUAUAGAUGUAUCGAUUAAAAAUAUCGAUACUUCAAUUAGAGAUAUCGAUAAGUCAAUUGCAAAUAUCAAUUAUAAUUCAAUUGUAAAUAUCGAUAUUUCGAUUACAAAUAUCGAUAUAUCGAUAUUUCGAUGUAUCGAGAAAAUAUAUCGAUAUUUCGAUAUAUCGAGAAAAAAUAUCGAUAUACGUCAAUAAAUCACAAAAAAUGUUUCGAUAUCGACUUAUUGCAUCGUUAAUAAUAAUCCAUAGAUUUAUAUAUAUAAAUAUAUUUUAAUGAAAUUAUUAUUCAACUCCAAUUCUUUUUUUUUUACGAAUUUUUCUUUUUUUCUAACUUUUUAUUAAUAUUAAAUAAUAAAUUGUUUUUAAUAAUAAUUUUUUUUUUGUCAAUUGUGUAUUCAAUUUUUUACUUUUCACAUUAUACAAUAUUUUUUUUACAAUUAUUAUAUUAUAUGUAUAUAUAUACAUGCUCGUAUAUAUUAAUAAAAAAAACUGCUGAUAAACCAAAGAUCAAAGAAAAGACUGAAUGAUCCUGGCACUAUGAAGAGUUCCUUGUGAUUAUUAAAAUAACAACAAAAAAUAAAAAUUUAAAUAAAUUUGUUAUUAAAAAUAGCAAAAAAAAAAAAAAAAAAAAUUCUUUAUAUUACAAAAAAAAAAAAAUUAGGUUUGUACAAUCAAUUUUUAAUAAAGGAAAUGAAUUUCAACUGAUAAAAAUGAAAAAAUAAAUUAUAUACUUAUACAUAUAUAUUAUACAAUAUAUUAUUAAUUAUUAUUAUUAAAAUAAUAUAUUAAACAAGGAUUUAAAAAACUGCAAAAAAAAAUUUAUAUAGUUGAUAAAAUAACCAGGAUCUUAAAAUAAUAAUAAUAAUAACAACAACAGAAAAUAAUACGUAAAGAAAAGCAAUUUUGCAUAUAUUUGUUUCUCUUCCAAUUCGCUCAGAAUUUUAAAAGAACACUGCUCUGCGCUAGUGAAAUAUCGUAUUUAGAUGACAGGGGGGCCAAUGAUUUAAAAAAAAACGCCUUUUUGGCACGUUAAAAUACAUUUUUUGAAAAAAAAAAAUAUUAAUGUUUUUUUUUAUCUUCUUUUCAAAAAAAAAAAAAAAAAAAAAAAAAAAAAAAAAAAAAAAAAAAAUAGGAAAAAAAAUUUUUAGAUAAUUUUCAACUAGACAAUUUUUACUUAUACAUAUAUUUAUCGUAGAAAAAAAAAUUUCCACGAUUUUUCAAUUAUUUUCAAUAGAAAAUUUAAUAAUAAAUAAAAAUUAAUAAAGAGCUCGAUAAAAAUGGCUUUUUCAUAUAUAUAUGACAAUCAGUUCUGCUCGAAAUAGAAUUUUUGUAAUUAUGCAAAAAAAAAAAAAAAUAAUAAUAAUAAUAAUCAGCAGGCUUGUAUAAAAUAAGAGAUUUUUCUUAUAUUAUCAGUAAUAAUAAAUAAUUAUUUUCGUAGUAUAAUUUUUAACUAUGUAAUUUCUUUUUUUAAUUUUACUAUUAUAUUUAUAUAUAUGUUGUUUUUAUAUAUUUUAAUUAAAUUGCUUCGUUUGUGCAAUAGAGCCUAAUAUUUAGUUUAUUUUUCAUCGAAAUAAGAUUUAUUCACAAUGGGAUGCUAAAAUUAUUUUUUUGUAUUAUUUAAUCGUAUAUAUCAAUAUCUAUCGAUUUGUCGAUAUCUCAAUCGAUAUAUCGAUAUCCUAAUCGAUACCUCGAUAUCCUAAUCGAUAUCUCGAUAUUUGUAUAUAUAUAUCGAUAUUUAAGACGAUAUAUCGAUGUACAUAUCGAUAUUUGAGACGAUAUAACGAUGUACAUAUCGAUAUUCAAGUCGAUAUAUUGAUUUAAAUGUUGAUAUAUCGAAAUUUAAGACGAUAUAUCGAUCUUCAAAUUGAUAUCAUAGUCGACAUAUCGAUAUCUAAACCGAUAUAUCGAUGUUAAAAUCGAUAUAUUGAUGUUAAAAGCGAUAUAUCGAUGUUCAAAUUGAUAAAUCGAUGUUAAAAUCGAUAUAUCAAUGUACAUAUCGAUAUUCAAACUAAUAUAUCGAUAUCCAAGUCGAUAUAUCGAUUUUUAAGUCGAUAUAUCGAUACUUAAAGCGAUAUAUCGAUGUUAAAAUCGAUAUCCAAAUCGAUAUAUCGAUAUUCAAGACAUUAUAUCGAUCUUUAAAUCGAUAUCCAAUUCGAUAUAUCAAUUUCUAAGUCGAUACAGUGAUGUGUAAAUCGAUAUAUCGAUAUUUAAAUCGAUAUAUCGAUAUUUAUAUCGAUAUAUCAAUUUGUGAUCAAUAUUUUCGUUUAAUAAGAUGAAAAAACAAAUAUUUUUGUUAUCUCAUCGUUAAGCACGAAUUUUUAAUUAAUUAUUAUGCAUUUUACAAAUUAUUGGAAAGAGAGAUAUUUUGUCAUCAUUACUAUUAUGAAUAUUUAAAAUUUAAAUAUAUUAUUAUAUUAGUUUUAAUAUAUUUUUUUCAUACAAUAAUUUUUUUUUUUUUUUUUUAAAUAGAAAAUGAGAAAUAAGCGACUUCGAUUGCAAAUUUGUACAAUGUGUAUAGAUAUGAUAUAGGUAUUAAAACUUAUAAUCAAUUACAUAUAUAUAUAUAAAGAAAAUAUAUUAUACGAUGUAAAUGCG